AGACGAGACAAAAUCGUCCAUGAACUUUCUGUUCGUCCACGUAGCACCGGUACGUACUGGUAAGGUACUCUACUUUUGUUGUGCGUCCCUUCGGAACUGAUUUGAACCAAGUCACGCGAUCUUCACGUAGCCAUGUACGAAUAUCUUCCCUCCGGCUCAAUCCUCGGCACUACGAAGAACCCGAUAUCCAGUCGUUUGCUUGCCCUGACGAGCAAGACACUCCUGAUUCGUAACUCUUUCGCUUCUCCCAUAAAGUAUUCAUCAAGACAUAAUAUCUAGAAAGGUAAGAUAACGAUCGAGAGCAUCUUCGGUGCCUCAGAUGCUAAUAGUCUGCUGGAACGAUCUACCGAUACUACACUGAACCAGGGAAUACAGGCUGGGAAACAUGUUUGGAUUUAUACCCAAUUUAACCUCCACUUUUGACAAGAGGAAGAUCCAUGGCUCAGGCCUCAUUCCAAUGCAUCUUGCAAACGCAAGUAAUACUAUGCCAUUCAAAAUAGACACGUUUCCGAAGGUCACAUCUUCCUGGAGGCAGUAGAUGGUUUUAUCAUCCCGAUUCAGUAUAGUCUCGGCAAUCUGUACCACUUCGCCGAACCCCCUUCAAUUCAGCAUCCAAUCUUCCGCAGCUAUUCAUCGAAUAUAGCUGCCUGUACACAAAUUCAAAACCACUGUUCUUUAUCUCACAAAAUCUCUUUGUUUUCCCUGCGCCCCGAAGGAAAUACAUCAACCAAACCAUGAAAUAUCUCUCUGCCGCCCUCGUGGCCCUCUCGGCAUCCACUGCCCAGGCUCGUCUGCCCCCUGGUUUUACCCCCGUUAGUCUCCCAACUCCACCAACGGCACCUGCUCCGGUUGCUGCACCGGUCCCCGUUGCGCCUACCGACGCUCCAACCAAGGGAGCCGUCUGCGAUCCYGUAUUGGAUCCUGACUAUGAGUCGGACUCAUACGUYGUARUCCAAUACGAUCCYUCCAAGGGAGAUUGCUACAAUCUUKSAAGCAACGCAACUCUCACUGCGAUYGGCGAUGCCUACUACAGRGCAUACGCUCAAGUCGAUGGUGCCUGUACACAGAACGGUGCCUUCUGCGAGSUUUACGGUGCCGAGGUGAAAGCAACACAACCCAGCAGCAACACCAUUCUGUUGCGUGUUGGAACCUACUGUAACGCUGGAACUUAUCUCAACGGAGACAAAAYGUCUUGUGGUGUUGRAAUGUACACCGGAKCAGACGCCACCCCUCUCGUUGACUUCRCACGCAAGAUGCAAUCAGCGAUUUCCACCGGAGAGRMRUGUAGYUGCCCUCGACCUGACGCUGCCACCGUYGUUGCUACCAUGAAUGAAGCCAUCCGCCAAUCUAUCCCCUGCCCYGCGUUGCCCGCUGUCGCCGGAGUACCAACGCCCGCCCCCACUGCCCUCGAGUUCAUUACUGCCACCGAACAGCUGUGCGUCACCGAGUGCCACAACACUACCAAGGGGGAGUUUACGUACUCCUCUGCCGGAGUUUCGGAGCCCUGCGACCGUCCUAAACUCACCCGCAAGCCAUCGAAGCGUCCGACUAAGUAUCCUACACGACGUCCCACGAAGCGCCCUACCAAGUACCCUACCAAACGUCCCACGAAGCGUCCCACCAAGUUCCCUACGAAGUCGCCAACCGCUGAACCAACCGCCGAAAAUGACCCAACCGCCGCUCCCUCCGAGGAACCUGCCCCCACCGAUGAACCAGCCCCUACGGACGAACCUGUGGAACCCACCGCCGAACCCGUUGAUCCUACCGCUGCACCCGUCGAACCCACCGCUGCWCCCGUUGCCCCAACCCCAGAACCCACGCCGGAGUCCACCAACAGUACCGGGCGAUUCCUGGCCAGUGCCGGCGACGAAAACUUUGUAGAGGWGACCUCUCAAGUUGUCAAGAUCGACACCUUUGCCUUCGCUUACGAGAAGGCCGAAGACCACAACGUCUGCAGUGGGGUUGAUGCUAAGUUGGUGAACAACGCUGCCAACCGUGCCAUGUGCGAAAACUACCUCAACCUUCCUCUMGUCCGUCAGGACGAAUCUGAGUGCUCCUCCGAGAACGCCAUCCCUAAGAUCUGGUAUUCCGUUUCUGCUCACAACGAGGCAACCCUCAGUCAGGUCGGUGUAGCCGCCUCCAACCCCGACUUCGAACACCGUCACUUUGGAGACGAAGAAGCCCUUGCUUUUGUCAAGGAAAACUGCGGUGAACACGUUGCCUCUGCCUACGAGUGCCUUGCCCCGCCUGCUUUCCGCGGAGAUUUGUUCCGAUUUUGUGCCCUCCACACYACGGGUGGUGUGUACAUGGACGCCGACAUGCUUCCGCUCGUUCCCAUUGAUGAUCUCUAUGAUCCUUGCGCCGUUGCYACUGUUGGACAUGACUGGCCCCAAGGUCGCCCCCAGAAGCAGAUGAAGAUCCUUGCCGGMCGCGCUGGAGCUCCUAUCUUUAAGUGCAUGCUUGACAAGAUCGUUGGAAACGUCAAGUCCCGAUACUACCCAACCAACCCCCUUGCUCUCACCGGACCUAUGCUCCUCCACGAGUGUUACGAGGAUCACUCUGAAGGAGUAAGUGUCACCUACCGCGACACCCGUAAUGCCGCCUACCCUUACUCCGGUAUGCGCGCGGGAGAYGACCUUCUCGCCUUCGAGAUCCCUGCCCACAACAAGAACUACAAGAUCGACUUUGACGAUCACGAGGUGUACCGUGACACCUGCUCUUUCGCCGAUGAYGCUGCCGUUGGCGCCACCGCCGSCUCCAUGUAAUCACACCAGUGAUAGUGUUUCGAAUCCGAAUCUGUGAAUCGAAAAGAAAUCGAACGACCCAUAUUACUAUAUCUGUGAAAUAAAUACACCGAUAGUCAUCAACUGUGAACCGGGCAAAACAUUCGUUAUGGUUUUGGCUCGGGUCGUUGGCUUUUGCGUCCUAGUUUACCAUAAAAUUAAGAAUUUAAC